AGUUUCAAUUACUCCCUUCUUUUGAGUAGAUGCAACAAAUUAUGUAAAACAUUGUUGAAGGGUAUAGCAUAAAUACUUUGAAUGAAAUAAGCCGCAGCUUUUGAAGUUGUUUUACUAGAUAAAACAUUAAGAUAUAGUUUGGAGAGCUGUUGAAAUUUCGUUUCAAAAAAAUGAAAACUGAUUUUGGCGAUAUACAGUCUCCUGAAGACCGAUAUGAAAUCAGCGACGUCGUUGGAUGCGGCGUCUAUGGCAAAAUCUACUUUGCCAUUGAUCUGCAAGCGAAUAAAAAGAAAGUUGCUAUUAAAUGCCAGAAAUAUGAAACUGGUUGUAAAGAAUUUGUUGAAGAAGAAUACAAAAUUUUGAGGGAUUUCAGUAGUCAUGCGAAUAUUGUUGACUUCUACGGAAUUUUUAAAAAAUCGAACGAAAUUUGGUUUGCUUUAGAGCCAUGUGAAGGAGGCUCUGUUAUUGACUUGGUGAAUCGUUUAUUUGCAAAAAACCGAAGAAUGGUCGAAGAACAUAUUGCUUAUGUCAUCAAGGAGACUGUUAGAGGAUUAGUUUUCCUCCACGAAAAUAAAAUAAUUCACCGAGAUGUUAAAGGAAGUAAUAUACUACUUACAAAAGAGGGAGAAGUGAAACUCUGCGACUUUGGACUUUCAAAAAUACGCAAUGAAGCUGAUGAGAUGCUGUCUGUUAUUUUGGGUUCACCAAGCUGGAUGGCACCGGAACUAGUUAAUUUAGGAAAUAAGAAUAGAGACUCUGGUUAUAAUGAUAAAAUUGAUGUAUGGUCACUUGGUAUUACAACCAUAGAAUUAGCCGAAGGUAAAGCACCUUAUCAAGGAAUGAAUCCAUCUAGAACCUUAUUUCAGAUAGUAUCAAAUCCACCUCCUACUUUAAAAAAAGUUUCGAAUUGGACAGAAAAUUUUCACGAUUUUAUCAGCGAGUGCUUGAUUAAAGAUUUUGAAAACAGACCCUGCAUGAUGGAGUUGCUCGAACAUCCUUUCUUAGGAGAAGUUCCAGAAAAUAAUUACCAUUUAGCAAUGGAAAUUAAAAGCUUGAUUUUGGAUGUGGCGAAUGUAAAGCUUCCUAUAGGACCUGCAGACGUAGUGGUUCAUGGUAAAUAUAUCAAAAAAGACAUAGAUGGAGAUAUCGAACCGAUUUACGAAGAAGAUUUAGCAGCGUUGAACCCGAUAUCGGAACGAGAUAUAUUGGAAUUACUAGAAAAACGUGUGGAAUUGGGAGAAUAUUAUACUUAUAUUGGUGAUAUUCUACUAUCACUAAAUCCAAAUGAAACUAAAAGAAUAUAUGGCACAGAGUUUCACGAGAAAUAUCAAUUUAAAUCAAGAUCUGAUAAUGCUCCACACAUUUACAGCAUAGCGGAUACAGCGUACCAGAACGCUGUACACCACAAAGCUGUACAGCAAAUUGUUUUAUCAGGUGAAACGGGAUCCGGAAAAACUUCAAAUUACCUCCACCUUAUUGAUCACUUAUUUUUUCUUGGAGAAAAUGCAAGUGUAAGUUCCUCCAGAAUAAAAAAUACUAUUUUAUUACUACACUCUCUCAUCCAUGCAUCUACUCCAUCUAAUAUUUAUGCCACAAGGGCAGUGUUUAGAACAGAAAUCAACUAUGGGAAGUCUGGAAAAUUAAGUGGAGCUAGUUUUAAAAUUCAUUGUAUUGACAAAUCUAGGGUGUCAUCUACAGAUAAGUUACAAAGCAACUUCCACAUAUUCUACUAUUUCUACGAUGGAAUCACUUCAACACCUAUGUAUGAAAAAUAUAAACUGAAUACAAGUAGACAAUAUGAUUAUCUGAGAAUAUCAAAAAAAGAUAAGACGAACACUCCUAGAGAUGAUAUUCCUGCCAAUAUUGUUAAAUAUAAAAAAAUAUGCAGCUAUCUCCAAGACUUAGAAUUUACUACCGAAGAAAUAGUAACAAUCCAUUCUGUUAUAGCAGCAAUUUUACAUCUGGGAGAAGCUCAAUUUGUAGAAAAUGAAGAUAUGUUGGCAGUAUUACAAAAUAAAGAGGAAGUAGAGAACUUUGCGGAAUUGUUGGAUAUAGAUGCAAAAAAAAUUUGUUGGGCUUUAGCAAACUAUUGUGUUAUUAAAGAUGGUAGUGCGUAUAAAGUGAGACAAACUUGUCAAGAAGCUACAGAAGUCAGGAAUGUAUUAGCUAAUUCUCUAUAUACAAGACUUGUAGAUUAUAUUGUUGGAACGAUUAAUAAUCGAUUGGCGUUUGGGAAGGCUAUUUUUGGAAACGCUUACGUAAUAAAAAUUCUGGACUUUUUUGGGUUUGAAUGUUUCAAAGAGAAUAACUUCUCUCAAUUAAUCGUCAAUACAUUUAACGAACAACUCCAUUACCACUUCUUGCAAAGAGUAUUUUCUUGGGAGUUACAGGACCUUCAAGACGAAGAUAUUGAAUUCGUUUCACUAUCUUAUUAUAAAAAUAAGGAUACUUUGAAUGAAAUUCUGGGGGCCUCCGAAGGGUUAUUAUCAAUUAUAGAUGACGCUUCUAAAAAAGGACACAGCGGUAUAUAUAUUACAGAAAAUUUGUAUUAUGAAGAAAAGAAAAAAAUCAUAAUAUAUGAUGAGAACACGUUUGGAAUAGUUCAUUAUACUGGAAAAGUUUCAUACGAUUGUAGAAAAAUGCCAGAGAAAAAUAGAGAUUUCUUAGCACCAGAAAUAAUUGAAACAAUGAGAAGCUCUAAAAAUCCAAUUAUAGUAACUCUUUUCACUGCAAAAUUGGAUCGUACUGGGAAUCUCAUAUUACCAUCGGAAGAAAUAAAGAAAAAUAAAUAUAUUCUUGGUUCAAAGAUAUCUAUGAACAGAGAAUAUUCACAAAUACGAAAAAUGCGAACCCAAUCAACAAUAUUUAGAUCUUUAUGUCUUGAAUUACUCAAAGAGUUGUCUAUUGGAUCCGGUUCUGGUGGAACGCAUUUUGUACGUUGUAUUAGAACCGACCUGAAAGGACGACCAAACAAUUUCAAGAGAGAAUUAGUCAAACAUCAAUUAAGAGCUAUGGGAAUUGCUGACACGGCUAAAAUUAGACAAUCCGGGUAUUCGCAAAGAAUCUCUUUUUCAGAAUUCCUUAGAAGGUACAAAUUCCUAGCUUUCGAUUUUGACGAAAGUGUUGACAUCACAAAAGAUAACUGUCGAUUACUGAUGAUCAGAUUGAAAAUGGAGGAUUGGGCAUUGGGAAAAACCAAAGUUUUUUUGAAAUACUACCACGAGGAAUAUUUAUCGAGAUUGUAUGAAACGCACGUGAAGAAGAUAAUAAAAAUACAAAGCAUUCUCCGAGGAUUUCUGGUAAAAUGUAGACUUGCUAAACAAAUUAAAGAAGACAAAAAAGAAGUGGUUGAACAACUACAGCCUAGAAGAAGAGAUAGUAUGACAGAAGACGAAGCUGCCGAAGUCAUUCAAAAGGCUUACAGAAACGCUGCAAGACGUAGAGAAGUUCUAGAAGCUUACAAACAACUAGGUGAAGAAGAUAAAUAUUUUAUUAGACCUUACGCUAGAAAGUGGAAGAACAAGACUUUGUUUUCAGUUUUAAUGAGAUAUAGAGCAAAAAGAGUUCAAGAUUUCUACAAUUUGGCUCAACAAGUCCACCUUUAUAAUAUGAAUGCGUAUCACAAAUUGCUACAGACAAAAGAGGGCAUCGACUUAGACUUCAUAGAUAUUAGAGCUCAAGUAGGUUCAUAUCUGGAUGACAUCAACAAUUCUGUUCUUAAACUAUAUUUUCGAUUGGAAGAUAUACCCUUCUACAAUACUUCUCAUAUGUCUGAUUACCUCACUAAUAUUGGAGAUAUUAAAAACAAUGAAGAACCAUGGGAUAGUCCAUACCGCUGGCGUGAAUCUAUAUCCCAAACAAAAGAUGAAUCAACCGAUGAUGACAUGGAUACAAAUGACACUUUAGCAAAAAUAAACUACAGAAGAGAACCAGAUGAAGAUCUGGUAGCUCUCGCAAGCCCUGUAGAAUCCGAUGGUGGGAAAUUCACCAAGGAUAUAAUUAAUGAGGACAUUAGAACCCAAAAUAGACAAACUAUCAAUUCAAAUAAAAAUGUAGAUGAGAAGAAUAUUAAAAGUGGAGGAAACACGCAAUAUAAAGUGAAUUUGAAAAAAAUUGAGAAUUCUUAUAAACCUCAUAGUGCACCAGAUUUUCUGAAAAACUCUACUCCUGCUAAUAAAGAUUUUGAUUACAUCAAAGCUACUCCCAUUAACAUUAAACCUAAAUAUUCUAUUGAUCCUUUGGAUGAGCUCAGAAAUAUCGGGAGAAGAGAUAGUAACGCUUCUGAUGAUGAUCCUCCUUAUAAUUUUAAAGGAAUGUUGCGAAAAACCAAUUUCAGAAGAGAAUCUUUGAAUAAUGCUUUCCAAACAGUGAGAAAACUAUCUUUAACCAAAGAAAAUUUGAAGAAUAGUAAAAAUAGUUUAUCCAACGGUCAUUACGAAGAUGAAGCUAUAAAUGGAAAACAUAUUUCAGUGGAAAUUUUACCAGGACUUGUUAUGGAAGGUGUUGAAAUUGAAUUGUGAUAACUCACUACAUUAUUUCUACCGCUGUUAAUAAUAAAAAAAUGUUAUUCAAAUACAUUCUAUAUUAUAUGAUAAAUAAUCUUCACAAAUCUACAGUGUCAUCUUUCUCCACAGUUUUCACCAAAAUUGAGUCGUAUCGAGGAGGAAACAACUUUUGUAUUCAUCUUUCGUAGAAAUCUACCGCCUGUGUAUUGAACCAGCGUGUAAACUACAUCUUCAAAUCUUCGUCAUUGCCAGAACGCUCAUCAGGGUACAGGAAUUUUUUGAUGAAUAAGAAAAUGUCAAAUUCGAAUAAAAUCAAGAUUAUAGGGUGAAUUAACAAAUAACCCUCAACCAAAUUCCGUUGAAACAGCUGUUGUGUGUCAACGCGUAGAUGUUGUACAAUAUACAAUAUACAGUACAAA